AUGCCGUCCAUCACAUCGUCCAUCAUCGCAUUCUAUAUCAAAUGGAUUCGACAAAGCAAGGUCAUCAUGGGAAGUCCGGAAAAUAUUCGCAAUGCUCUUCACGAGGGUUAUAUCCGGCCACAGGACUUUCAUCCACCCACAAACCUUGGAUUCGACAUCGUAAUUGAUCGCGUCGAUGUACACGAUUGGCCUCUGUACAAACUAUCCGCGCAUAAAUCCUCAGCUGAAAAUGAGCCGCGCAAAGCGCUUCUUUACGUCCAUGGCGGUUCCUUCUUCCGGGAGAUUGUUUCACAACAUUGGAAUCUCACGGCGCAGAUUGCUCGCGAGACAGGUCUGGAUGUUCUGAUCCCUAUUUAUCCACUUGUGCCACGGCCAGGAGCUACCGCCCAGAAACUCGCGGCUGGUUUACUAGAUAUUUGCCGUUUGUUUGAGACUCCAGUUGUGAGCAUAGCUGGAGAUUCAGCUGGUGGCAUGCUCGCUAUGGUGGCUGCCCAGCAACUACGAGACACAGAGCCGGAACUCUUUGGCAAAGUCAAAUCUUUAGUUCUCAUUUCGCCAGUUGUUGACCUUGGGCUAGAUCAUCCAGAAGUUGUGCGUCUGGAACAGAUCGACCCCUGGCUUGCCAUUGAUGGUCUCCGUGAAGUCAUCAUUCCAAGACUAGCGGCAGAUCUCCCAAUCAAAGAUCCAAUCGUCAGUCCUUUGUACGGCGGCAUCGAAAACUUACCCCCGACACUUCUUUUGUGUGGCACCUGCGACAUGCUCUGCGCUGACGCUCGGCGAUUGAAGUCAAAGUUUACUGGCAAGGAUAUGAACGAGGCGUUGCCAGGAAGUGCUGAGACAGAUCGAUUUAUGUAUGUCGAGAAGGAGGAUAUGAUUCAUGUUUGGCCUCUCCUGCCGCAUCCCGAAGGCGCUGAAGGACGGGAACUCAUCAUGCAUUUCAUAAAUAAGUACUUGGAGAACUGA